AUGCGAGGGUGUAUCAAUCAAGUUGAAAUGAGGAAUCCAAGUGGCGCUUCUGAACAAGAUAUCAUGAACGAAGCGAAAGAGCUGUUAAAACUUGAUGGAUCCUAUAAGAAGGGUUUUAAGUUUGAUCAUGUCUGGAACAUCUUGAAAGACUCCGAGAGUUUAUCAAAUGUCACUGCAUCAACUCAGUAUCAACGACACAGUCCUUAUCAAUCACCUUCUUCCGGUCCUGGUGAUUCGUCUGGGACAGAUGUCGGUUUACCGUCGUUGACUAUUGAUGACGUAGAAGGUACUCAAAGACCAAUUGGUGUGAAAAAGGCAAAAUCAAAGCUACAAUCUGAUAAUAAGCUAGAGAAUUUAGUUAAGGCUAGUAAAAAAAUGAAGAAACAAAUGGCUAAAACCACUGAAGUUAUGAUACGAAGGAAUGAGCUUCAAGCGCAGAAACUUGCAUUAGAGGCAAGGUUGGCGGAUGACAAACUUAUGUGCAUCGAUCUAACCUCUAUCACUGAUCCUGUGUGGUAUGAGUUCGUAAAAAAAGAGAAAAUUCGAAUAGCGAGAGAGAGAACGCAACCCCAGGUUCAUAUGUCUCAACAAGAAUCAGAAUUCGUAGCAUCUCAAUAUCGAGUAUCUCAACAUCAACAAUUUGGAGCAGCUCAAGACCAAUCCGAAGGAUCUCAAAACGUAGCAGGAAGCUUUAGUCAGUUUAUGCCUAGCGGGGACGAUUGGACCCUUUAA